AUGGACGAGCCUGAAAAGUCGCAUUCCCAGGCGGCUGGUGAGCGCAUCCGCUGGGACGCCGACGAGGAGGCCGGCAGGAGAGCCCAUCGAUCCAGCACCGUCCCAGGUCUGCAACUUACCCGCUCGAACACGUCCAUGUCAAUUCACUCGGUCAGGUCGAGACGCAAUUCCAUCGAUGCGACUGCCGAGCUACCCAUCCAGUACCGUACGGUGUCCUUCGAGAUAGAAGAGUACAAGUCAAAGACAGAAGCCGUCAAGAAGGCCAAGAAUGUCGCAACGGAGCUAUCGGAACUGGAAUGGCACACCCUUGCCGUCAACGAGAUCCUCAGGCGCCAGUCAUCCUCCCUCGCCGAUGGCCUCUCCUCGGACCAGGUCCAGCGCCGCAUGGCACACUACGGCAGGAACGCGCCCUCGCCCGCACCGACAAAUCACACGAAGCGUAUACUCGGAUACUUCUUCAAGGGCUUCGGUACUAUUCUGCUGGUGGCCUCCAUCCUCGUCUUCAUCGCGUGGAAGCCCCUGGGCAGCCCGCCCGCCGUGGCCAACCUGGCGCUGGCCAUUGUGCUGUUGGCCGUCUUCUUUAUCCAGGCCGCCUUCAACAUGUGGCAGGACUGGUCCUCCUCGCGGGUCAUGAACUCGAUCAAGACUAUGCUGCCUGAGAACUGCAUGGUGAUUCGAGAUGGACAACAGGCCGAGCUGCCGGCUGAUCAGAUCGUACCCGGGGAUAUCCUCAUCGUCAAGUCUGGAAACAAGUUGCCGGCUGAUGUGCGCUUCCUCAAGGUCUCUUCAGACGCCAAAUUCGACAGAUCCAUCUUGACGGGAGAAUCGGUUCCUCUGCCCGCUUCGGUCGACUCGACUGACAACAACUACCUCGAGACCCGAUGCAUCGGCCUUCAGGGCACUCACUGCGUUUCUGGCACUUGCACGGGGCUGGUGGUGGCCACGGGCGACAAUACCAUUUUCGGCCGCAUCGCCAAGCUGACCAACGAGCCGAAGAAGGGCUUGACCACACUCGAACGCGAGGUCUUGCAUUUUGUGCUCAUCAUCUGCUCCAUCAUGUUCCUGAUGAUCGUUGUGGUUCUGAUCGUCUGGGGCGCCUGGCUAAAGCAAAAGUACCCAAACUGGAUCAAUGUCCCCAACCUCAUCAUAUCCUGCGUGUCUGUUGCCGUGGCAUUCAUCCCCGAGGGUCUGCCUGUGGCCUUGACCGCCAGCAUGACCAUCAGCGCGAACAUGAUGCGCAAAAACAAGAUCUUGUGCAAGUCCCUCAAGACCGUGGAGACUCUCGGAUCUGUAUCCAUCAUUUGCUCCGACAAAACCGGUACCUUGACUCAAAACAAAAUGGUUGUCACGGAAUGUGCCAUCGGAACCAAGACGAUGACGGCCGAUGGUGCCCGGGAUGAACUCACACUCAGCAGAAACAACACUCCGAACAACAACUCUCUGGAGCAGCUCCGGGCUAUUGCAGGCCUCUGCAAUGCCGGCCAGUUUGACGCCGCCACCAUCCGCCUGCCUCUCCACGAGCGUGUGAUCCACGGUGACGCUACGGACCAGGCCAUUCUGCGUUUCUCAGAAAGCCUGGGUCAGGUCAACGAGCUUCGCCGAUGCUGGCAGACAAAAUACGAGCUCGCAUUCAACAGCAAAAACAAAUACAUGAUUCGCGUGCUCGGCAUGUCCCACCCCGACGGCUUGUCAUUGGCCCUACCUUCCGACACUGCCUCGGUCUUCCAGCCAGGCGACGUUCUGUUAACCAUCAAGGGUGCCCCUGAUGUUCUCAUGCCCAGACUCAGCAACUACGUCAAUCCUUCUGGAUAUACUACCGCCUUGGACCCUUCGACUCGUGCUUCCAUCGAGCGGAUCAAGGACGAGUGGUCUGCUCAGGGGCGGCGCGUGCUGUUGCUCGCUCGCAAGGCCAUCUCGAAAUCUGCCCUCAAGGGAAGCCCGACGGAGAGCUCUUACGAGAUGGAAGUCAACAAUCAAGCCAAGUCCGGCCUCACUCUCGUCGGUCUUGUUGGCAUCGUCGACCCGCCCCGCCCCGAGAUCCCCGAAGUCAUGAACACCCUUCGUGGCGCGGGCAUCCGCAUCUUCAUGGUAACCGGCGAUUUCGCCCUGACCGCCUCUGCCAUCGCAGCCGAGUGCAACAUCAUUAGCGUCCCUCGUUCCCAGAUCGACGAUGUCACGGCUCUCCAACGCAUGACCCCUGUCGAACCGUCAGUGAAGCAAGUCAUCGACGACGUCCAGUCAUCCCCGCGCCAAGCCAUCGUACUCUCCGGCCCCGAGUUGAUCACCCUGAACGAGGAACAAUGGGACCAGCUGGCGCAAUACCAGGAGAUCGUCUUCGCGCGCACGACCCCCGAGCAGAAGCUCCGCAUCGUCCGCGAGCUGCAGGCCCGUCACCAGAUCGUGGGGAUGACGGGCGACGGCGUCAACGAUGCCCCCUCCCUUCGCGCCGCGGACGUCGGCAUCGCUCUGGGCUCGGGGAGCGACAUCGCCAUCGAGGCCGCGGACAUGGUCCUCCUCGACUCCUUCUCCAGUGUCGUCGAGGCGCUGCGCUACGGACGCAUGAUGUUCGACAACCUGAAGAAGACUGUCGCUUACCUCCUCCCCGCCGGAAGCUUCUCCGAGUUCUGGCCCGUCAUGACCAAUGUCUUGUUUGGCAUCCCCCAGAUCCUGAGCAGCUUCCUCAUGAUCAUCAUUUGUCUCUUCACGGACGCGGCUGCCGCCAUCGCGAUGGCCUACGAGGCCCCGGAGGCGGAUGUGCUUCUCCGCAAGCCUCGCGUCCCCGGCAAGGACCGUCUCGUCGACUGGCAGCUCGUCGUCCAAUCCUACGGCCUCGUCGGCAUGCUCGAGACUAUAUCCUCGUUUGCCAUGUCGUACUGGUACCUCGAGCGCCAAGGCAUCAAGUUCAGCGACAUCUGGUUCUCCUUCGGCAACCUCCCCCCCUCCAUUGACCCCAACUUUUACCAGCAGCAGCUCAACAUCGCGAGCUCCAUCUACUUUGUCAACCUCGUCGUCAUGCAGUGGUUCAACCUCUUGGCCAUCCGCACCCGUCGCUUGUCUCUCUUCCAGCACCCGCCCAUCGGCAACAAGCAGACGCAGAACUUGUACUUGUUCCCGGCCGUCGUGUUCGCCCUUCUCAUGGCCAUUUUCUGGCUCUACGUCCCCGAGUUUCAGUCCACGCUUGGCACAUCCCCGGUCCCGGUCGAGUACUGGUUCCUGCCCAUGAGCUUUGGCCUCGGCAUUGUUCUCAUCGACGAAGCUAGGAAGUUCGCCGUGCGUAGAUGGCCUACUGGCAUGUUCGCCAAGGCGGCCUGGUGA